UUUUCACAGCAAAAUUCAGUUAUCCUUCUCCAGUCCAUUUUAUAUAAUCUUGUGACGGCAACAAGCCCGGAAAAAUCUCCACCGAGGGCCUCGAAUCGUAAUUAGGUUGUAAGAGUAAUGAAAUUUGUCCAAUUUUGAAUUUUCUUUCCGCGAUAAAGAGAAACUCUUUCACACGCCGGUGAAUUUAUCUUCCUCUGUCAAUUUAUGAACUCAACUGUGCGUUAUGUGGAGUACGUGAGGUUCAAAGAAAUAUAAAAGUGAAUCCAAUCAUACUCUGUUUAUUUCUUCAAAAAGAAGACGCAACACAAGACACGAGUUUAUAGUCUCAUUUUUUUGUGGGUGAGUUACACUAGCCACAAACCAUACAUACCUUUUACCUCUCUUCCUACAGCUACAUACAGUCGAAUGGCCUGUCUCGUGCUUCAGUGUUGACAGUUGUAAUUCUCAGACGAGAUCAAAACAAGGAUAAAUAAAUUCAAUUUGAAUUGACGGCUCGAUCUCUCUUCUGAAUUCCAUUCCGCGAAGGAAAAUAGAGAGAGAGAGAAAGUUGAAAAAGUGAAAGUGAUCACUGAGAAACUGUAUCAACUGAAAAAGUGCAUUUUGCAGUUACCACCAUUUCCUAAGAAAAAGAUGGACUACACGAGUUACAUAAACCAUCACCACCAAGCAUCCUCCUUUGACCCACAGUCGUGCGGACUUGGAGGGUCGUUGGGCGUGGGGGGCUCGAUGGAUAACGCCGCAGCGGCUGCGGGAGCGGCUGCCUUAUCCAACAUGGCGUGUUCUUAUGCUGAUCUGUCUGCAUGCGCCCAGGUUGGAGGGUACAGAUAUUCUCACACAAACGUUCGCAGCUAUCCAGGGGCAGGAAUGGGUCCAGGAGGUCAGUGCAAUGUCAUGAGACAUGAUCAACAGAGGCAUCAUCCCGGCUCAACUUUUCCAAGCAUGAAUUUACAAGCUGCCAGCCUAAGUUACAAAAUGUACGGAGGAGACGCAUCCGCUGUUCUGACAGAGAAAAGAAAACAAAGAAGAAUCCGAACCACUUUCACUUCUGCCCAACUCAAGGAGCUCGAGCGAGCUUUUCAAGAGACGCAUUAUCCUGACAUCUAUACCAGAGAGGAAAUUGCCAUGAAGAUCGACUUGACAGAGGCGCGUGUACAGGUGUGGUUUCAAAAUCGACGCGCCAAGUUUCGAAAGCAGGAGCGGCUUGCUCAGCAGAAGCAGGGGUCGAGUAACAACUCAACCGGAUCAAACUCGUCUGGACAGGGGAACGGAAGUAGCAGCAAUAAUUCAGGAAGUGGCGGUGGGAAUAACAACGGAGAAAACUCCCCGUCUCUCAAGUCGUCUCAAGAAGCCAAUGGCAAGUCUACUACCAAAGAAAACUCUAAGCACUCUGACUCUUCGGUGAACAAGUUGCACCAUUGCGGGAGUCCUCGGAGUGGUCAGUCUCCCUGCAAGAGUCCAGUGAUUUCAUCCUCCCAUGCUUUCACCCCGCUCAUGCUGACCCCAAAUCCGUCGCCUAUCGCCGCCAGCUACGGUCUGUCGACGAAAACGCUUUUCUGAGAUCGUCACCCCCCGUUCGCCAUGUCGUCGUUGUCCUCGCCCGUGGUGGACGAAGACAAAUUGUUGCUGAUUUUCUAAAAAUAAAACUCAAAACUCUUCAACCAACUAUUACUUAUUGCAACAUAGUAAUUACCUUGAUAUGAAAUAUAUAUAUUUUAGUGCGUGUCCUCCUCCUCUCCUCUCCUCCCUUCUUUUACGAACGACAAUGGUGGUGGUGGGUUGAAAAUUCAAAAAAACGAUUAUGUAUGUACGUCAUUGAUGAUAUUAAAUAAUUAUGUACGACAUGCAAGACGGAAAGUAUUUUAAACUCUGUAUAAAUUAUUUAGUGAGUGAUGAUGAUGUGUAUUAAUUGUACAUGAGAGGAGACGAACUACACGUUUUGCAUAGAUUCGAGUCUGGAUGAUUUUCUCAAUUUUUGCUCCAAUUUACCAUACAAAAUUAUCAGUAUAUAUACAAAUACAUACAUGUAUUUACAUUUAAAUUUACUAUAUCCACCAGGACUAAGGAGUUAGUGAUUGAUUAUUCCAAACAAAUGAAUUGUCACGUUUUCAUAAUUCCAAAUUUUCAAGUCAAUCCUCCCCAAAAACACAUUUAUCAUCAGUAAAUAAAUAUCUAUGUAAGAAUAAUAAUAUUUACUGAUUUGUGUACGUACGUAAAAACACACCAGUUGCAGUUAACACACGCGACUGAGGAGUUUUUAAAUCAACUUUAUUAAAGGUUGAUGAUGAUGAUGAAUAUGAAUUUCUAGUCUAUGUAAUGCAUUAAAUCUUUUAAAAAAUAUUAAAAAUUGUUGGGUUUUUCACUGAGAAGAUAUAUAAGAUGCAUACAAAAUUAUUAUUACUUAUCUAUGUAAAAGCGAUGUAAAUUUAACAAGUUGACUUAUCGUGACUGAAAAAACCAUUAAAAACUAAUAAAACGUAAC